AUGAAGAAACUUCUACAAUAUAAGUUUGUAAUAAUAUCGUUAGUGAUUGUAUUCAUCAUGUAUUAUUCUUAUCGACCUGGUUCUGGAUAUUUGGAAACUGUUGAUGAAAUAUUUAGCAUGGUAGCCGGUGAACCGAUUAACGCUUCACAUCCGAUUGCAUUCUAUCAAUCGGCAUAUGUCGAUUACAGAUUUGAUCCACCACGUCUUCGAAUUUUUUCCCUUAACAAAUGUCUGGAGAAUAACCAAUAUUUGAUAGCGAACCUACAUCUCGAUGGGAAUAAUUCUGAAUCAGUCAGAAAAAAUAUUUAUGGCAAACCUCUGGAUGGGCACUGUCCCUCGAUUUAUAUUCCAGCAUCAUCGUGCCUCUAUAUGCCGCAUUCAUUUUCAAUCAGCUUAAAACCAAAUGAAGAUCCGAAAAAUGUUACCCUUUUCUUGGACAAUAAGAAAGUAGAACUAAAUGUCGAAAAAAUUUAUAAAAAGACAACAGAAGGGAUUACUGUAUGUCUUCAACCAGUGUACUACUACUCUCAAUGGCAAAAUAUUGUACUGUAUAUUGAAGCAUGGAGAGCUCAAGGAGCCACUCGUUUCAUUGUAAACUUCCAUUCAGCAACAAAAGAAACUUGGAAGGUGUUGGAGUAUUACAGAGAUUUGGGAUUGAUCGAAAUCAAAUCCUGGCCUAGUUUCCCGAGUUUACCAGUUGAUAUCGCUGGUAAAUAUCCAAAAAUUGAUAAUAGCGUCUAUGUACUUUCAUAUCUCAUGGCUAUGAAUAUUUGUAUUCUCGAUAUCAAAACUACGAUCGGAACUAUUGCGGAUUUUGAUGAAGUCAUGGUUCCAACGAAUGGUAGACUUCUGGAUUAUGCCACCAAAGAAAUGGCAGAUGCAAACGUUGGAGCUCUCUCUUUCGAUAAUCAUUAUAUAUCAUUUACUCCAAGGAUCUAUACAAACGAUUUUUCAGGAGUGUCAUCACCCCAAUUUCAGCCUACCCCCGGUAAACAGACAAAGUACGUCUUCAACGCAUCUGUUCUCGCCAUUGCACAAGUUCAUUGGCCUCAUAGCUUCGUUGAUUCGCAGACGGCGCACUUCUACAUUUUCGAUACGUACCUGGAUAUGGAAAUCUUGAAACUACGGAUAAGCCGUACCGAUUCUUCCCAGGCGAUCAGUCUACUCAUAUCAAAAAUAUGGAAGAUACGGUAUGACCUUUUAAUAACAAUUUCAGUGUUUUGUUUGUUUUUUCAGGCUCAAAACAUAUUCAACGGAUCGAUUCCAACGUUCUCUACAAAACCAUACGACACUCUAAUGAAAUGUAUCGGUAAAGUUCUCCCAGUCCAAGAUAAGGUAUGUCGAAGUACAAGUGGAAUAUGUAGAGAAGAAAUGGAUAAAGUGACUGAUUGGGUUUACGCCGAUUCUGAACCAAUAUUUCUGCCAGAAAAACCAGAGUCUUCAUCUGGUACUACAAUUCCACCACAUGUACAAUUCCAUAACUCCCAUCUCAAUACAGAAGAGGACCCAGAUUUCACUUACAACUCAUCAGAUUGUCCAGAAGAAGAGUGGAAUAAUGUGAGAACAGAUUCGAUUCCAAUGGCAGAAAGACACAAAUUAUGGACCGAAAUGAGUAUCGGGAAUAUGAGUUACUUGUACCAUGAAACAUUUUCACUAUUGGCUGCGUUUGUGUAUAAGGAUCAGAUUAUUGUUACAAUGACUUCAGAGAAUCAGUUUAACAAAACUGUCUACUGUCGAUAUUACGAUUGCCGUCGAAAGGAGAUUCCAGAUCAAUUUGAAGCGUUGGUCUACCCAGAAUCCACUGUAUUUUGUGCUCGGAGGUCGGGAGCAAAAUAUAUUUCCAUAUCUGAAACACUGGAAGAGAAACCAGAGUAUUCGGUACCAAUAGUUCCAAGAAUAGCGAAACCCCCUCACUACUUCACGGUUUGUAUGGCAACGUUGUAUGGAGAUGAGCCGAAAUUCUUGCAAAUCGUAGAUUUCAUUGAAUACUAUAAACUUCAAGGAGCCACAUUUUUCCAUAUCUACUUGAGAAAUGUGACAGAUUAUGACCGAGUUUUGUUGGAUGACUAUGUUAGAACUGGAGAUAUUGAGAUUAUUAAAAUGCAUGAUCAUCAUUGGAGGGAUGAUUUCAUGUGGCAUCAUGUGCAGAUUAAUGACUGCCAUCAUCGAAGCAAGUACUUUUCAAAGUGGACAGCUCUAAUAGAUGUCGAUGAGAGAAUUGAAAUGAAGAGUGAAUCGUAUAAAACGGUGACAAGCUUCUUGGAUACCAUUCACGACCCGAACAUCGUCAAUCUUCACUUCAAAAUCCAAUGGGUCAUCAAAGAAUUCGACACCCCGGCUAGAUACGAAAACGAUGAGCAGCUAAUUAACGAAAUGCUAUUUCACAAAUACCAAAACACUUCGAGGAUCGGAAGUUUCUGGACCCAACCCAAAUGUAUCAUUCGUCCUGAGAAAAUCGGAAUGAUGACGAUUCAUGCUCCCUUAGCCAUCUAUUCAGGAAUCAGAAGAUCGUUGGUGGACCAAGAGAUUGCAACCGUCAGACAUUAUCGGAACGUCGAGCAACGCGUUUUCCAGGGUGCCUAUGCCAAAAUGAUGGGUCACGCUCCGUUCAAUAUAACUCCGAUUGACACGGGGCUGGAUAGGAAGUUGACUGAUUCGAUUCUGAAUCGCGUAAAAUGGGUGUACGAUGUGCCCGAUGUGACUUGCGAUCAAAAACAGAGCAUCUAUCAGUACCACGCAGGACUCAAUGCGUCGUGUUGGGUGGAGGAGCAAAAGAGAUUGGAGAGUUUGAACGCCACUCUUCUGGAUCCAGAUCUUGGAAGCACUUCGGAUUCGUUGUUCACCGCAGAGGAGUUGGCUGGUGUGGAGGCAACUACAGAGAGCGAUAAUGAGAGGAACAAGAAUUGA